GUCAGGAUCGGAUACCUCUCCCGACUCCAGAGUUUGCAUUGUGGGGAUCUUACGGUCAGCAGUCACCACAUUAGGAUCUAAGGAGGUAGCAAGACCGGCCCUGGUAAUCAGUUGUCAGAUCGAUAAUCUUCAAUCUCACCACCGAAACAGUCUUUUCACACCUACUGCUACAGUAUUCCCCCAGAUUGUACAAAAUGAUAGGCACUCUCACUCUGGCCUUUGUGCCCCUCCUACUCUUCUAUCUUUACAGGAAACUGCAAUAUCACCGAUUCACCCAGCUAUCGCCCUACCCGCAGCCCCAGCCUUCGCUAGUCUGGGGUCACCUCAAAACCAUCCACGAGUUCAUGUCCAAAGGUGAACCCGAACGACAUAUCGACGAAGUCCUCCUCGAGAUCAAAGCGCACUUGAACCACCCGCCUCUCUUCGUGCUCGACCUCCGGCCAGUCCAAUACCCACUCUGCGUAAUCGGUGAUCAUGAAGUGGCCGAGCAGAUCUCCCGCAGUUCGAAAGAGUAUCCCUACAGCAUGACAAAAUCGCCGACGAUCAAGGACCUGCACAGUCUGAUUGGAAUGGGAUCGAUCAUUGCCGCGAAUGGCGAAGAAUGGAAGACCCUCCGCAGGCGCUUCAACCCGGGCUUCGCGCCCCAGCACCUGAUGACCCUCCUCCCGCGGAUCGUGGCCAUGUCGCGCCGGUUCGUCGAGACCCUGGACCGCCACGCCAAGUCCGGGGUGGAGUUCCGGCUGGACGAACCCUGCAUCAACCUCACCUUCGACAUCAUCGGCGCAAUAGUAAUGGACACCGACUUCCGCGCACAAUGCGCACCCCACCAGCAAAGCGAGGUCUACAAACUCUUCCGGGACCUGGUGCGCUCGUACCCGAUGGCCGGCGGCAUGAGCUGGGAGAGCGUCAACCUUUGGGGCGCGUUGAAGCGCCGGCGGCUUACGGUCCGAUUCGAGCGGUAUCUGCGCGCGCACAUCUCGCAGAAGUUCGCCGACCUGCGGGCCACACCGACCGGUAGAGGGAACCUGCAGGACAUUGCCACCCUGGAUGACAAGGUGCUCACCCAGACAAGCGACCAGCUCAAAUCGUUCCUGUUCGCCGGAUAUGACACCACCAGCAUCGUCCUGCAGUGGACCUUUUACGAGCUCAGCCGCACCCCGUGCGCGCUGCAGGCCGUCCGAGCGGAGCUGGCCACGCUGUUCGGGCCGGAUCCCUCUCCGGUCGUUGUCUGGGAACGGCUGACUGCACCCGCGGGCGAACACCUCCUCAACCAGAUGCCGUACACUUCCGCGGUGAUCAGGGAGGUUCUCCGUCUGCAUCCCCCUUCCGGCAGCGCGCGCUUCACCGCCCCAGGUACGGGGUUUACCGUCCAGCUUCCCGGGGGUGAGGCACUGUGUCUCGAUGGAAUGGUCGUCUAUAACUGCGAGACCCUGAUCCAUCGCGAUGAGGCUGUGUACGGCGCGACCAAGGACGUGUUCCGGCCUGAACGGUGGCUGGAGUCGUCUGAUCACGAGAAGCAGAAGAUCCCCGCCAGCGCGUGGCGGGCGUUCGAGCGCGGGCCCCGGAAUUGCAUCGGGCAGGAGCUGGCCACUCUGGAGGUGCGGGUGAUUCUGGCGUGUACGGUGCGCCGGUAUGAGAUUACGAAGGUUGGCUUGGGGGAGGUUGUGAGGGAUGAGAUGGGGCAGCCCGUCAUGGGGGCGCAGGGGCAGUUUGCUGCCCGCAGGGAAUUGUUUAAUACUAUGCAGAUCACGGCAAAACCGGUAGAUGGGACGAGGGUCCGAGUUGCGUUGGCUGCGGAGGACGGUGCUGGUUCGGUUUAG